GAAGGACAAGGCCGCAGGAGGGACGGACAAGGACAGAACUUGUGAUGAAAUAUAAGAACUCCAAAAUCGAGGUGGAUCCUGACACUGUAGCAGCUUGUCUUUACCUCUCUGAUACAAAGAAAGAGAUAUCAUGGUGUGACAAGGACCAGGCUCAUCCAGAUCACCCUGACAGAUUCACAUACUUUUACCAGGCUUUGUGUAAAAAGGGCCUCAGAGGAAACCACUACUGGGAGGUGGAGUGGGAUGGUGGCAUAGUUGAGGUGGCUGUGUCGUACAGAGGGAUAGGAAGAAAGGGUUCAGGGAAAGAUUGCUGUUUUGGCCACAAUGCUCUGUCCUGGAAAUUAAUCUGCUCUCCUUCUGGUUGCACGUUCUGGCACAAUAAUCUUCACAAAGGUCAAAUUCCUCCGGCUGUCUCCCGCAAAGUAGGGGUACACCUUAAUUAUGAAGAGGGAACGCUGGCUUUUUACAGCGUAUCUGGAGUUGAAAGUUUGACACUGCUGCACCAAAUCCAGACAACCUUCACCGAGCCCCUCUAUCCCGGGUUUUCUGUGGAUCUUGGUGCAACACUGAAAAUAAGCAACAUCUAGCUGGCACAGCUGGCAGCCUUAACCCAAUUUCCCUCGGGAUGAAUAAAGUGUGAUCAAUCAAUCAAUCAAUUUUGCGCACAUUAAUAAAGUGUUAUCUUCAGGACAAGCUGCACAUUUAAAAUUCAGAGUUAGAGACAAUAGUGCAGUUUCCAAUAUUAGUGCACUGAUUGACAAAGCGAUAAAAAUAAUCUCUGAGUACUUCUUUCUCAGUUAAAAAUCAAGAAUCAAACAGUAAACAAUUACCUUUCCUCUUAUUAUAACUAUCUUUUUUCUUUUAAAUAGUAGUAAAACUGCAUCAAAACACUGAUUGAUCAAAUGGGUUUUUUUUACCUUUUCCCCCUUUCAAGUAAAUAAAUUAAUACUUUUAAGACAUUAAGACAUAUUUGAUAAUAAACAUAACAUGAGCAAUUCAGCUACUUCAGUGUCCAAGUAGUGGGAAAAGUUUUAAAGUGGCUUGGACGGAAUUGGUCGCAAGGGAAAUCCAAAUAGCUCGACACAAAUAUAUGAAUAUUUCUGAGGUUUCUGCUGUGUGAGUUAAACAGUGGGUAUUUUUAAGUCUUUCCCAAGAUGCUUGUUAAAAUGUAAAAUCUGAUAUUUGGCACUUUUUGAUGACUCUUACCUCGUUAGUUUUUAUAUCAAGGUGUAAAAUGUAAUAACAGCUCAACUCCCUGAGAGUUUAGGAGAGAAUUCCUAUUAUUCUGCUUUUUCUUGUGACUAAAAUCCUCCAUAUUUGCAGUUUUGUGAAAGACUUGAAUGAUACAAAACACAUAAUAAACAAUGUAGCAUGCCUUUU